AUAGUUCCACGGGGAAAUAAAAGAAGAACACUGGCACCCUCGUCAUGGCAAGCAAGUCGAGGGUUGGCGGCGUUGUUUUCAUGGUGUAAGUCAAGGGAGUGCUGAGUCAAAACACCAUCAUGGAGGAGAUCGGAAUCACUGUUCCAUCGGAUAAAGUGGAGGAGAUAGCCGAGGUGAAGGGGCCGGUGGUGGGUGGCCUGACGAUGGUGAAUGAUGAGUCUGCCCGGGAUGAUUACAACAUGUACAAACGGCUACUGCAGAACCUAGAGUACCUCAGGGUGCAAGAGGACUACAUCAAGGACGAGCUACACAACUUGAAGAAGGAGUAUAGGCAUGCACAAGAAGAGGUUAAAAGGAUCCAGAGUGUGCCCUUGGUGAUUGGGCAAUUUCUGGAGGCUGUGGACCAGAACACGGGUAUUGUUGGCUCCACUACAGGUUCUAACUAUUAUGUGCGGAUCCUCUCCACUAUUGACCGGGAAUUACUCAAGCCGUCAGCCUCGGUGGCACUGCAUAAACAUAGCAAUGCCCUGGUAGACGUGCUUCCCCCUGAGGCUGAUUCCUCCAUCUCUAUGCUGCAGGCUGAUGAGAAACCAGAUGUGGCUUAUUCAGACAUUGGUGGUCUUGAUAUGCAGAAGCAGGAGAUCAAGGAGGCUGUGGAACUACCCCUCACUCACUUUGACCUGUACAAGCAGAUUGGUAUUGACCCCCCAAGAGGUGUACUGAUGUUUGGGCCCCCUGGCUGUGGCAAGACCAUGCUGGCCAAGGCCGUGGCCCACCACACCACUGCCUCCUUCAUUAGGGUGGUGGGUUCUGAGUUUGUACAGAAAUACCUAGGAGAGGGGCCACGCAUGGUGAGGGACGUGUUCAGGCUGGCCAGGGAAAAUGCACCAGCCAUUAUCUUCAUUGAUGAGAUCGAUGCCAUUGCCACUAAGCGUUUUGAUGCCCAGACUGGCGCUGACAGGGAGGUGCAGCGCAUCCUGCUGGAGCUGCUCAACCAGAUGGACGGCUUUGAUCAGACCACCAACGUCAAGGUCAUCAUGGCCACCAACAGGGCAGAUACACUGGACCCGGCACUCCUGCGGCCUGGACGACUUGACCGUAAGAUUGAGUUCCCGCUGCCAGACCGAAGACAGAAACGUCUCAUUUUCUCAACCAUCACUGGAAGAAUGAACCUCAGUGAAGAUGUUGAUUUAGAGGAUUAUGUUGCACGCCCUGACAGAAUAUCUGGUGCCGAUAUCAACGCCAUCUGUCAAGAGGCUGGUAUGCAUGCUGUGCGGGAGAACAGGUACAUUGUGCUAGCCAAGGACUUUGAGAAGGCCUACAAGAACAAUGUGAAGAAAGAUGAGUCAGAUCACGAGUUCUACAAGUAGGUCGAGCACUGAUGUAGCCUUUCUGGGUGGGUAGAAUGAACAGUCUCCAUAUUACAGUGUUGCUAUAGGGAUCAGGAAGUUUCUUAACUGAUUACUAGUACUUUCCUGUUUAAUUCUUAAGUAAGGAGUCUAAAUUAAUAAAAAUGUUUUCUAUUCA